AUGUGGACGCAGCUCCUCCUGUUUUUUGCUGGCCUCGAUCUCCGACUCGUGGCAGCAAAAUCAAACUGCCCGCUGUAUGGCCCGCUCCUCCCGAAACCGCAAAACCUCCUAAACGACGCCGGGAUCAAGAGCGCGGCAAAGGCGCUCGACGACAUCUUCGUCAAAUACAUCGACAACGACAAUAGCACGGGGUCGGACCACUUCUCGUAUUCCGUCGAGGUCUUUUCGGGGAGCGAAGACAAGGCGCUGUGGUCGCACUACUGGACCGCCCCGAACCUCGGAGGGCUCAACUCGAGUGGCGUCAAAAGCGUCGACGCCGACACCGUCUAUCGGAUCGGUAGCAUCACCAAGGUCUUUACCGUAUUGACCUUCUUAGCCACCAUCGGCGACGGGAUCUGGAACGAUCCCAUCACCAAGUACAUCCCCGAGAUUGCUGCUCUCGUCAAGAGCACCGCCGACGAAUCCAUAUUCUCCACCGACUGGGAGGCAAUAACCGUAGGCUCUCUGGCCAGCCAAACGUCUGGUUUGAUCCGAGACUAUGCCCUGCUCGGAGAGGUUACCUACCAACUUUCUCUCGAUACCUUGUACGGCCUGGGGUUUCCACCUGUACCCACCGCCGAUAUACCGCCGUGUGGCGUGAAUCCGACAUGCAAUAGAGAGCAGCUCUUCGCGGGACUCGGCAAGCUGCCACCGUCGUUUCCACCGUCUGCGACCCCUGCCUACUCGGAUCUCGGCUUCACUCUCCUAUCGUACGUGGCUGAGCACAUCACAAGCAAGGACUUCAAGACGCUGGUGCGCGAUGCCGUGCUGAAGCCUCUGGGUCUCUCCCACACCUUCAUCUCGGUCCCCAACGACGCUCUCGGCAUCAUCCCCGGAAACAGAUACAGCACGUCUUGGGCGUUUGACCUGGCCGAGGAGGCGGCGACCGGGAACAUGUAUUCGUCGGCAGGCGACCUGUCAUCCCUCGGCCGGGCAGUCAUGCGGUCGACGCUGCUGAAGCCGGCCAUGACGCGGCGGUGGCUGAAGCCUGCCGCGUUCACUUCAGAUCCCGUGGCUGCGGUGGGGAUGCCGUGGGGAAUUCGACAACUGGGUCUCAGUAAAGAUCAGCCGUACCAGUUCGUGCACACCUUCAACAAGGCCGGCAGCUUGGGCGCCUACAGCUCGCUGCUCGCCAUCAUCCCGGAGCUCGACAUUGGCUUCACAAUCAUGGCGGCUGGCGACCCACCGCCAGGGCUGGCCAUGGACAUCGCGGACACGCUGACCAGAACCUACCUGCCGACCAUGGCGUACGUGGCGCGGACCCAAGCCAAGGCCACGUUUGGUGGGCGUUACCGGCACACGGGGCCAGCCACGGCGAGCAACUACACGGGGCCAGCCACGGCGAGCAACUACACGGGGCUAGCCACGACGAGCAACUCAACAAGCGGCUUCGGCAACGCUACGGGGCCCUACGCUAACUCAUCUGCACCGCUCAACUCGUCGCUCACCAUCACGGUCGACGCGGACCGGCCGGGCCUCGGCGUGCUGGACUGGUUCUCCAACGGCACCGACAUGGCAUUUGUGGCGACGGCCAUCGGGUCCAACGUGACGAGCGAGUACUUUGACAAGAUGAAGCCCAGCGUGCGGCUGUACCCGACGGGGCUCGAGCAGCCGGCAAGCUCGAAUGCGGGGGGCAAGCGCGUCGCCUUCAAGGCCGUCUUUGAGGAUCUCAGCUUGCCCGCGCGCAAUGCCAGCUUCUCGACCGACUGCGCGACCUGGGUCACUGCCACGGCCGUCGUCUAUGCCAAACGCCCGCUGGAUCUCUUCAUCUUUGAUUUCGACCGCGAUGGCAAGGUCACGGCGGUGGAGAAUGCGGCGCUGAGGAUCAGGCUAGACAAGGUUUCAUGA